CGGAUCGUGGGUGGGAUGGUGGCGGGCCGGCUGUUCCUGAGGCUGCUGCGGGCACGCUCCAGUUCCAUGGCUCAGAGCCCUCUCGAGAGCGCGCUCCCUUCCAGGGGCAUGCACGCGGGGCGCGGCCCCCGAAGGCUCUCCAUCGAAGGCAACAUUGCUGUGGGAAAGUCCACCUUUGUGAAGUUACUCACGAAAACUCACCCAGAUUGGGAUGUAGCUACAGAACCUGUAGCAACGUGGCAGAAUGUCCAGGCUGCUGACACCCAAAAAGCCUGCACUACUCCAAGUCUUGGAAACUUGCUGGAGAUGAUGUACCAGGAGCCAGCACGUUGGUCCUACACAUUCCAGACAUUUUCCUUUAUGAGCCGCCUGAAAGUACAGCUGGAGCCCUUCUCUCAGAAACUCUUAGAGGCCAAGGAUCCGGUCCAAAUCUUUGAGAGGUCUGUGUGCAGUGACAGGUAUAUCUUUGCAAAGAAUCUUUUUGAAAAUGGUUCACUCAGUGACAUCGAAUGGCAUAUCUAUCAGUACUGGCAUUCUUUUCUCCUCCAGGAGUUUGCCAGCCGGCUCAGAUUACACGGCUUCAUCUACCUCCGGGCUACACCCCAGGUUUGUUUGAAGAGACUACACCAGAGGGCCAGGGCAGAAGAGAAAGAAAUUGAGUUGGCUUAUCUCGAGCAGCUUCAUGGUCAGCACGAAGCCUGGCUUGUUCACAAGACAACCAAGCUCCACUCGGAGGCUCUGCUGAACAUUCCAGUACUGGUGUUGGAUGUCAACGACGAUUUUUCAGAAGAAGUAACCAAACAAGAGGAACUCAUGAGAAAGGUAAACAGCUUCGUAAAGAAUCUGUAAUCAAAACCAUGAUGUUCUGGCUGUGAUCCAGGCUCCUUGACUUUCUGAAGCGAAAACAGUGUUGAAUCACCCACCCACCUUCCCAUCCCCACCCCAUCUCAUUUUAUCCCUAGAUCACUGUGGCACCCAGAAGUAAAGUUUGUGUUAUCCUUGACUUUGCCAUUGUCUUCUCCUAAAUCUCAAGGACUUUUUCAAAUAAAGUUUGUUCUACUUAU